UUUCAGGAUGUUUAUUCAAAUGAGAGCAGAUAUGUGUCCAGCCGUAAACUACAACGUAUCCAAGCUUUUUGACCGCAUUAAUUUAAGGAUUUUGACUUUCUUAGCUGUUCUGUUGAUGUACAAUAUUGGGUUUGUUGUGAAUAAAUGCCAACCUCCCACGAAAGAUUUCCUUCAUUUUACCAAGAACAUAACAGACCUAGACCAUGUCAGAGCUAGACAGUUUGUGUACUUGGACUGCUGUGCUUCCGGUUACGAUACCAUCACAUGGUACUUUAAGAAUAAUAACACAAAGUACUCGUGGAAGGAAUUUCCUUUCUUGUAUCAGGAAUGCGAACACAAUGACGAAUGUCCAACUUUGUUCUCAGAAAACCAGACUCUGCUGAUUCUGAAGGCUACUGUCGGCUACGAUAACGGCUCCUAUAUAUGUGUUGCCCAUAACUCCAGUUCUGGACAGAAUAUUUCACACUUGGAGGACCUAUUAGUCGUUGAUUGUGUUGAACGGCUUAAACCUGAGCCCAUUCCUCCCAGUGACGUCAUCACCAACAUUGGACAGAAUGCCACGUUCCACUGCGCUGCCGACUUUGGCUGCAAGUCAAGUUUCACACGAGAUGUCAGUUGGUACAUAGGCACUGUGGAAGUCCAGGAUGUUAGUACACGGUACAUCGUGACUGAAGAAAAUAGAGAUUACAGUCCUGUAGUGCAAGCCAAUCUGACAGUUUUGAAUGUUCAGCAGUCGGAUUUUGAUGUAACGUUCUCCUGUUGGGUUUCCUCUGAUUUUGACAUAGAUACACCAAAGUUUUCUGUAAAACUUAGACAAGAAGUUUUUAAUGUGAUAAACAUCAAAGUGAUUAUUAUUGUACCAUGUGUGGUUGUUAUUUUGUUUAUAAUUACGGGUACGACGACAAAGUUAUAUGGUCCACACAUAAACUUUUAUUGUAAAUCUCGAGGCCUCUUUGGCGGUUUGCCUAAAAUGAGCAAUAAUCAUCGGUACCAUGCCCUUGUGGUCCAUGAUGAUAGUAGGAAUGAGGACAACGACAUUGCAGACCAAAUCACAAGUACACUGGAGAAGGAGGGAUACAAGAUUUGUAACCGGAUAGAGGGCUCCGGUAAAGGAGUGUUCUCCCAUUUUGGCGGGUACCUUGAACAGUCUGCCUCCGUAAUCAUCCUCGACAUGGAGAGCGACUCUGACGACUCCAACACAUUCAGAGUGUUCAUUGAAUCUAGUCUCAGAAACAUGGCGGACUCACUAGUAGGGCUCACCGUCAUCCAGAGAAAGGGGAUGGAGAAUUCAGUGAUGGACUCGGUGGAAUACAAAGGUCUUAAACGACUUCAAUGGCCGGGAUCCGAGAGCUCAGAUCGACAACGACAGAAGUUUUAUAAACAGCUUCAGCUGCGGCUACCAAAACCUGUUAAACUUGAUGAAAAGACUCCCUUGCUACAAAGUGUGUAGGAUGCUGGGUUGUGUUUUAUCAUUCUUCAUUGUUAAGGACGUUGUUUACUCAGGGUUUGAGUUCUCUAAUCCGGAUUGUUAUUAAGUUCAAUGUCAUUAGUAAAAUUUGUUCUAAACACAAAAGGUAUUUAUGAAAUGAAUUAUUAUUGACAUAAAACUCGAUAGUUUUACUACAUUAUGGAAUGAGGCUCAAAGAAAGUUUGACGUUUAGCAAAACAGAGGAAAUUCGGACUAAAUUUUUCAGAUUUUGUUUUCCACUGAAAUAUUUUUGGUAGUACUAUAAUAUUAAAAGUUAAGAUUUUAUUUGUUAGUCAACAUAAUUUUGCAUAUUUUCUGUUGGUUUUAACUCGCUUUUUCGUUAUAAUAAUCGUAUGGCACAUACUAAAAAAAACAUUCAGAAAUGCUUAAAAAUGAUAAAAGACACCAUAUCUCAAAAUUUUGAUCAUUGACCUCAUAUAAAUUUUAUGCCAGCAGAGAAAGGUCAGUAUACUUAGUUUGAUACUAUAAAUGUUUUAGUAUUGUCAACAUUCAGUUUUUUGUUAAAUUUAAUCAAAAAAGAGUAGGGACUUGAAAACUGAUAGAGAAAAUUUGGACUUGAAUAUCCAUAAAAAUUGUGAAUAUAAACUUAAUGCUUUGCAUCUAUUUAAUGUCACUGCCAUUCAUAAACUGUAUUUCAUUUGUUAAAGAGUUUGGCAAUUUGUAUUUUUUUCACAAUUAAGAAAAUCUCAAUCAUAGUGUAAAAUAAAAUUUUUAGGGAUUUUUCUUAAAUUUCCAAAAAAUAUUCAAUGGCCAUUAACUCAAAAAGUAGGUCAUUGACCUACUUUUUUAAAAGUGAAGAAUAACACGACCAUGUAAGGUCUAUGACACACAAUAGUUGGUUUUUCAUUAUCAUCAGUGGAUUUUUUUUUCAUUCUGAGUAAAAGUCAUCUUUAAUGCGGUAUACAUUAUUGGUUUUUUUUUAAAUUAUUACAAACACAGGAUUGCUCAUUAUUAGUGGGCUUUUAUAUUUUUAACUGAA